CACGCUGCGUUACGUGAUCGCGGCUCCCGACCCGCGGCCUGCUUGGUUCUUCCCCACGGUAGUGGAUUUCGCCAGCGGCGGGACCCUGAGGCGGAGAUGGCUGCCGUGCUGCAGCAUAUCGAGCGACUGUCCAGUCGAGUGGUGCGUGUGUUGGGCUGUAACCCGGGUCCUAUGACCCUGCAGGGCACCAACACCUACCUAGUGGGGACCGGCCCCAGGAGAAUCCUCAUUGACACUGGAGAGCCAGCAAUUUCAGAAUAUAUCAGCUGUUUAAAACAGGCUCUAACUGAAUUUAACACAGCAAUCCAGGAAAUCAUAGUGACUCAUUGGCACCAGGAUCAUACUGGGGGCAUAGAAGAUAUUUGUAAAAGCAUCAAUAAUGAUACUACCUAUUGUAUUAAGAAACUACCACGGAAUCCUUACAAAGAAGAAAUUAUAGGAAAUGGACAGCAACAAUAUGUUUAUCUGAAAGAUGGAGAUGUAAUUAAGACGGAGGGAGCCACACUAAGUAAUUUUUAUCAUUAUUUUAAUACAGGACAUGGCCCAGUAAUCAAUAAUGCCGAAGCUAAAAUUCUGCAGUACAUUUCUCACAGAAAUAUCCGAGAACAGCAAAUUCUUACAUUGUUUCGUGAGAACUUUGAAAAAUCAUUUACAGUAAUGGACCUUGUAAAAAUUAUUUAUAAGGAUACUCCCGAACAUUUACAUAAAGUGGCUAAACAUAAUCUCUUACUUCAUUUGAAAAAGCUAGAAAAAGAAGGAAAAAUAUUUAGCAACACAGAUCCUGACAAGAAAUGGAAAGCCAACCUUUAGUUUUAGAUUAACGAAAGCAUUGCUUUGUUUUGUUUUUAGAGAACAGAAUGUUU